ACAGUACUACUACUAUUUACAUAUCCACACAUACAUCCACUGCUAUCCCCAUCCCCUUGCAAGCAAGACUCCAUCAAGUCCAACGUCUUUCUGGCGGUGACAGACCGACCGUUGUGUCCGACUGCUCUCCCGUGCCAAUCAAUCCGAUCGGAUAAGAAACAGGGUGGUGAAGGGGAGAUGAGAUGGAACGGAAAGCAUGGACUGGGUUUGGGUUGGAUUGGAUGGAUGGCUGCUCAGAAUGGGGCCUUUGCACCGGUGGGAGUGGAAACCAAUUAGCUGGAGAACCGCUUUUCCCAAAGUCGGUGGAUUCCUUGAACCUCGCCUCCGGAUUGGAGUCCUCCUGCAGCUCGUUAUCGCUGCACAAUGAUUGGCUGAAAUGGUCUUGCCACGUUGCCAUUGGUCAGUGCCCCUCCAGGCCAGCACGGACAGUCCCCGAACGACUGAAACCCGCCUCGAAUAUUCUAGUCGGCCUUAGUCUAGCAGCCGCUACGCCUGGCUGUGAACUAUCCUCAAGGCACAUCCCUGCCGCUGCAGCUCUAGACCGGGUGCGAGGCGGUGGCAGGAUGUACCUAGUACCUGACUACUCAGGAUCCCUCCCUGGCACCAGAGAGGGAUUCAAGCAAGUUAGGAACUAUAAAUGCUGCUCGUUAUAUGGAAGCGCCUGGAAAAUGCGCUUGCGUCUCAAUUUCGAGGCGAUUCGAUACGAUCGUGAAGCAGGCCGCUUAAGCGCUUCGCCGGAUCGACCGCUAAGUAGACAUCAAACACGGAUGUAA